UGGGAGACCACUCUCGCUAAAACAUGAAUUGGGUGUAAUGAAACGGGUGAAUUUCCUAAAGAAACUAGAUUUUCUCUACUUUAAAAUGUUUCCUUAAUAAAUGAAAAGAAGUGCAAGAAUAAAACCUUGAACAAUGGAGGAUGAUAAUUACUACAUUGGGUUGAAUAAAAACCCAAUAAGAUUUGAACCAGUUAGCAAAGCCAACAAUGUUUUCUUUGAUGAUGCAAAUAAACAGGUGUUUGCUGUAAGAUCAAGAGGGGCUAUGGGUGUUGUUAUGAAAGGCCCAGAAGAAAAAGCUUCAGCUUCAUUCAGAAUGGAAGACCGAGGUGACAUGCUGUCUAUCAAAUUCUCUCCAGAUAAAAAAAUACUAGCAGCUCAACGUAGCCUAAAAACUGUGGAAUUCAUCAAUUUCCUUGAAGACUUCACUACUGAUCAAACAGAAUAUUCACAGGCUUGUAAGGGUAAAACAACAGAAAUUCGUGGCUUUGUUUGGAGCUCCAGCAAUGAGAUCAUAUUUGUCACAAGUGUAGGAUUGGAGCAAUAUCAGGUGAUCCCUGAGAAAAGAUUACUUAAAAGUCUCAAAAACAUAAGUUUGCAAGUGAACUGGUAUGUUUGGCUGAACUCAAGCAGUUUACUUCUAGUGUCUUCAGGCACACUAGGAAACACUUUACACCCUUUUCAGUUCAAAAGCCCAGGUGUAAUUACACGCCUCCCUAAGUUUGAUGUGGACUUGUCAAUAAUACCUAGACCUCCCAAGUUGUCUCUACUUGAGAGAGAUGUAAUUAUAGCAACAAUUUAUGAAAAUGUUUAUGUUGUCAUCUUGCGGCACCCUCAAGCUCAGUCUACUGGAGCCGAACUAGUCCUAUAUCAGUUGCAGAAAGAAGGGCCAGCAAGAAAAACAGAUAUCUUGAAGCUCGACAUGAGUGGUCGGUUUGCCAUUAACGUUGUUGACAACCUUAUCAUGGUUCAUCAUCAGGCAUCUAAGACUUCUGUGAUAUUUGACAUUAAAUUGGAAGGCAAAUCUGAUGGAUUUGUUAAUUAUCAUUAUCCUGUGUUAUCACCGCUGGGAAUAAAACCUUUCAAGCUAUUACUCCCAUCUGUGAACAUGCAGGCAGGCACAGACAAGACGGAAUACAAUUGUGAACUUUAUUCUGCAAAUUGGAUUGUCUUUCAACCAGACAUUGUUAUUGAUGCUAAACUAGGCUGCUUAUGGACGCUACAAAUUAACUUGCAGCCAUUGGUCACCAUGAUUCCAGAUAAGGACAAGCUGAUUCAGUUCCUCCUUAACCGAAGUGACUCCAAAUCUGUGAUCCUGAAUGUGUGUGCCCAGAUGCUGGUGCCAGGAAAACAAGCAAGUUUGCAGGCCAUAGCUAAAGUUUAUGAUCUGCUGAAUCUAACAUACAAGCAACAUUUGGAUACGGAGGCACAGCUUUCUGUAAAAUAUUUUCUGAAAAAUUACCCGACCAUUGGCCAUUCGUCACUGAUCUUCAAAUCUGGUGAUUCAGUACCAGCUGGACAGAACAAGAAAGUUGUGGUGGAGCAGCCUGAUAUGUUCACCCAUGUUUUCUCCAUUUUUGAAGACUACAAGGAUAUCAAGUACAAAUUUAUGGUGGCUGUCCUUAUAGAGUACAUCAGGUCACUUCAUCAGUUCAACAUCCCUGUUCAGCAUUAUGUGUAUGAGCUGAUCAUCAACAUACUAGUCCACAACAAUUGCUUCUACCAGCUUCAUCAGUUCUUGCAAUACCAUGUUCUCAGUGAUUCAAAGCCAUUGGCGUGUUUGAUGUUGUCACUGGAAACUGUUUACCCACCUGCUCACCAGCUGGCCUUAGAUAUGUUAAAGAGAAUACAAACUGCAAAUGAAGAAAUAAUUGAAGUUUUAUUAUCAAAGCAACAACUUCUUCCAGCGUUAAGAUUUAUUCGAAGUGUCGGCAAUGUGGAAAGUGCAUCAGCUCGCAAGUUUUUAGAAGCUGCAUUAAACACCAAUGACAACAUGAUAUUUUACACUGUAUUUAAAUUCUUUGAACAAAGAAAUGUGCGGUCAAGACAAAAUCCUAGAUUUCAGACAGGGGAGCACUGUGAGCAAUAUGUGAAACAAUUUGAAUCUUUGUUUGGGAGUGAUGCAUUCAUGCCAGCGCCACCUAUCCAGUGAGGAGCCAGAACUUUGACAACCUAUAGCAAGUUCUUACUUUAUGGCAGCAAACACCUAUACACGUACCCUGGAGGAAAUCUUUCUACACAUGCCAUGUAAAAAAGUUUUUAAUGGUGAAAAUUAAGCACAAAAAAGAAUAUUUUGUUUAGCAAGAACAGAUGCUACAACUGAGUGAAAAUGAUAAAUGAAGUUGUCUUUU